GUGGAAGAUGAGUCCUUGGCUUCUUGUUGUUCUUUUACGCCAGUGUGUUUAAAAUACUAGUACAGCAAGUAACGUUUUUGUAAAUGACAUUUUUGUUGUAGUUAUGGCAUCAAAUAAGGAGCUUGGCGCAAAAAGUGAGAAGCGUGUGACUUUCAAAGAUGACAUAAAACUUAAUACACAAGUGUCAGUUCCAUCUCGGAUACCCGUUAGAUCAAACUCCGUAUCACGGCAUAGCUGUAGCUCAAGAACCGGAGCAAUUAAAAAAUCGCCCAAGAAAUCUCAGGCGAAAAAAUCGUUAGUUAGAAAUGUCGAGCAACCAGUAUCAGUCAGCCGACAUAAGGGACUAUCCCAAUGUGUCGAUGUCCAUAGUUUGUAUUCAACAACAAGCAGUAAAACUAGUGACCUAGGCGAACCUCCGCAUAAAUAUGCUGUCCCAGAAUUGUACACAACCUUAUGCUUGGCAAAUGAAAUCCGUAAAACAGCUCAAACAGUACCAAAGGCGUCGAUCAAAAGCACCAAGGAUUUACCACCUGUAAAAUGUCAAGUAGCGGAAGAAACGAUUGCCAAGAAACUGAAUUUUCCUAUCGAGGAACAUCUGUACCGGGACUUGAUAGCCCUUAACGUGCGUGAAGAAGACAUUGUUCCUGCCAUUGGAGACCUUCCUUCAUCUCGGGUAUGGAAAAAGUUUCCUAAAGACAAAGAACCACAACUGUCAGACUUUUUCAAACCACAGCCAAUGCCAGAAUACUGUUGUAUACCAAAGGUGACUGUAAAACCAAUAGGAAAGAUUCAAAGUUACGAUGGUUUGUCACUGUACAAGCGCCAACAACUUUGGAACAUGAGCAGGCCUGAAGAUACCUGAUCGUGAUGUGGCAUUUGUGGUUUAUGAUUACAGGCUGAAAACAAUUGCGUUGGAGAAGCUCCCGAAAAGAUGCUGUUUGUCCUUGCGGCUUGCAGUUGAUUUCUGCUAGACAUACUGCUAAUUGUAUAAAGAUGAUUUCACUGUUUGCUGCUAUUGUGUUUAGUGAAAGUGACGUGUAUGCAUAUCAUAUGUGCCAGAGACUAUGCAUAUAAUUAAUUUUUCUUUUGAAAUGCCUAAAUCCACUAUUGACUCUUGAAAUAUGUGAUGAAACCACGUACUUUUAAGUUAAGCAUUUUCUUGUCAUUGACUAGAUAUUCAUUGAAGAAUUCCUUAAAAGUAAUGCUUCUUUUGCUGUCUCACAAGGCAUCUUCAUUGAUAGAAAAUGUAAUUUUAAUGUGUCUAGGUAUGCUAUGUUAGGAAAGAUAUAGUAUACAAUUAAUUCUAAUGUAAUGGACCUGGUUUAUGACUGUGUAAUAUAAAGGGAAAUAAGUUUAGCCUAGCUGGCAGAUCUAAUGCUAUUGGGAAAAUUGUGCACAGUAAGUAGAGAGACCCACUUACCUGAAAGUGAAGUAACCUUUCUGUUGUGGAAGUUUAAAUCCUUACUACAAACUGAAAUUAUAGCUUAAACAAUUGCAAGGCAGAACUAGCCAGAGUGCAUAAAAAUGUUAUUGAAUGUUAGUGGUGAAACCUCAUUGACUUCUGUCAGCCAAGCCACGGAACUUGAGGCAAGGAGUGGAAAUGGUACACUAAUCUCCAGCAUUGGUAUUUUCUAUUACUGUGCUUUCAUUCGCUAAGGUUCUCUUUGAUACCACAUUCCGUCUUGUGGUUAAACCUAUAUCUCAAAUGUAUCCUAGAGUGACAUUAGAUUAUUUACCUAUACUUUAUACUAAACAUGAUAGCCAAAUGGAAACUUUAUGCUCCUUCUUUCUGUGAAGUUCCAUCCGAGAUAACUGAGCACUGCAGUCCCCUAGCCUAAUUGUGUAACAUGCAUACGUUUAACUAUAUACAGUACAGAUACUGAUGACUGCACCAUGUAUCUAAUGCGAGGAUUACACUUCAGUAACCAUGUGGUUCUGAAAGGAAAGAAAACUGUAAAACACUGUGACAACAUGGCCCUAGUUGCAGACAUAUGAAAUAUCUAAGGAAAUAAUACAACCAUUUCCUCUCAAGUGGUUCAGUUGGAAUAAAAUCUUUAUUCUGUAGUACUGAUUCAUUUUGACUGUCAGUGAUUGAUGACUGCAUGUAUAUCAUAGCAGUAACACUCUAGAUACAACAGAAAUCAAAAGAAUAAAAAUGUGUUAUAGGCCUACAUAUUUUUAUUUUCGAAUUUAAUGGAACCAUGAUGGAAGCUUAUUGCUAGGCUGUAGAACAUGUCAAAUAAUUAAAAUAAUAAUCCUUUAUAAAUGGUUAGAUAGCAUAAUCUAAUGCAUAUGUAAACAGUUCUAUGAAAAUAGAGAUUCAAAUACUUCGACAAUUGCAGUAAUAACAAGCAUGCUGCCUAGUUACAAGGCUUACCAUCUGACUUGUAUGACAACAGCUUUGUUAAAAAGUAAGAUGCUAGUGCUAGGUAAUAAGUUCAUACAAUAAUUUCA